AUGGAGAUUGUUGCUUCCUACUUAGUCUCAUUUUUGUUUGCAAUAAUUUUAGUAAUAUAUGCAUGGAGGUUGUUGGAUUGGGUAUGGUUUAGGCCAAGGAAACUAGAUAAGUGCCUAAGAAAACAAGGUCUCAAAGGGAAUUCUUACAAAUUAAUCUUUGGAGACCUCAAAGAGUUGUCCAAAAGCUUUGAAGUUGCCAAAUCCAAACCAUUCAAUGUCUCUGAUGACGAUAUAUCUCCCAGAAUUCUUCCUUAUUUUGUUGAAUCAAUCAAGAAACAUGGUAGAGGAGGAAGGAGAGGUUUUGAGGUUGGAAUUACCAUAUUUCUUAGCCAAAAGUUGGGUCCAAAGAAAGAAAGAGGAGGUGUGGAAUCUCCAAGCAAGGCUGCAAAGAAGGGAAUCAUUUUUUAUAUUGGCUGUUCUAUCAAGGAGCUUGUGAAGUUUGCUAGGGAAAAGGAUAAAUUGAAUGACAUAGUUGGGAAUACUGCUCAGGUUAGCUUUAGCCAGGGUGAAUCUCCCAGCCAUAUUGAGGAAUCUAGUUUUCCAACCAGCAAGUUUGGAAUGCAAGUUAUCAAGGAGAAAAUGAAAGUCAACAAGUUUUGGAGGCCCUUGAAACAUGGGGAAGCCCAAGUACUUCCCAAAAGAAGCACUAGCCUUGAUACCAAAAAUAGAAGACAAAGUAGAUUGGGUAGCUGGACAGCAAUGAGCAGAAAAGAUAACCUUAGACUUACUGAGGUUGACCUUUUGGCCAGAGUGAGAACUAAAGCUAUCAAAGACCCUGGUGAUGACACUAUUUUCAUUGAGGGAUUGGAUACCAUUUUUCCUCUUCUUGUUAAUGGUAGUGGUAUGAAAGAAUUUGGUGUUCUGAUCCCCCUCUAUAAGUCAGUUAAUUCUAGAUUUAAGCAUCCAGAAAUCAGAUUCAUCCUUGAGAAGGGACUUGUAGUCCUGAAGAAACUGUUGCUUAAGGGUUCUAGCCUUCUCUUUAAAGUCCAAGGUGACAUCAGUGAGGUCAGAACCAACAGGGAAGCAUUGGCUUACUAA